AUGGCUCUGCGUAGCAUGCUCAAAACCGCGUAUGGAGAAGACACGGUGAGGAUUGCGCUAGAGACCACCGCCGGCAGCAGCACCGCUGGCAGCACCAGUGGGGUUUCCGUGCUUCCCGUUACCACAACGGUUGUGCUGGGACCUGCGCAGCUGACCUUCAGCAAGCAGCGCUGCGCGAGCGUGCCUAAGAAGGCCGUUAAGCAGAGGAACGCGCAGGUGUGGUGGAGCGGCCCUAAGGGGUCGAGCAAAGCCAAUUCGGGCGGCAAGGCGACAGGUGUCGCGUGCUCACAGGUCAAGUUCUUCGGAAAGGACGGCUGCCAGGGCAAGGAGAUUGACAGCAUGGCCAACCCGGGGACUACUACUGCGGUCAAAAACACAAAGAAGCAGCUUCAGAAGGGGGUUUUCGUGGCAUCUGUUCUCUGUGCUCUUCCCGAGCAGCAGCAGAAGGAAAAUUCGCCACAGCAGCCACAGCCGAAUGCCGAUCCUGCCUGUGCGGCGUUGGACUGUGAGCCGGUGGGUGGCACAUGUGAGGUGGAUGGAAACGGCGAGCGCUACUGCAAGUGGGCCGUUCAUCUAUCAACCUCCUCCAACAGCCAUCCACUGCGCUCACUCCCACCCCUCAUUCAUACUCUCCCGCCGUUCUUUUGCUUCUCCCUCUCUGCCUUGCUUCUCCCUCUCUGCCUUGCUUCUCCCUCUCUGCCUUGCUUCUCCCUCUCUGCCUUGCUUCUCCCUCUCUGCCUUGCUUCGCCCUCUCUCCCUUGCUUCUCCCUCUCUCCCUUGCUUCUCCCUCUCUGCCUUGCUUCUCCCUCUCUGCCUUGCUUCUCCCUCUCUGCCUUGCUUCUCCCUCUCUGCCUUGCUUCUCCCUCUCUCCCUUGCAUCCCUUGCCUUCCUCACCCUCACCCUGUGGCGCUGCCCCUCCGGAGCCUCAAGACCCCACGAGUGAUGGCACUCACAUACCGCACUGCACCCAUCCCCACCCCUCGGUCUCACCCUCUGACGCCUGCCCCUCUCGAGCCUCAAUCCGCACUAAGAUUGCACUGA